AACUCCAAUCAACUCCCCGCACGAAAAAACAAAAACCCCAAUAAAAAUCCCCAUCCCCACCGCCCGCCCCGGGGGUAUCGCAUCAAGUUAUCAUUAACAAAUACUACUACUACUACCAGUUCUACUACUACUACUACUUCUACUGUUACUAGUAGUAGUAGUAGUAAAGAGUUUGAAGCAAGAAAGAUAACCCUUUAAUUCAUUUAACACGGAGAUCCCUAUUUAACUAGGCUACUGAUUGGCACUAGCCCAGACAAUCAAUCCCCCAGAUGGACGUGGAGUCUGGGAUACCCCCUCCCACAGCCCCCCAGCCCUCGGCGAUAACUCGGCUGAACGCAGCCGUCGCCAAGAGCCGACUCGGAAAACGCUUCAAACUCAACGAGCGCAACACCUCCUUUACCACCGAGCUCCGAGCAGGCACCGCCACUUUUCUCACCAUGGCCUACAUCUUGGCCGUAAACGCCUCCAUUCUCUCCGACUCCGGCGGCACCUGUUCCGUCUCUGACUGCGUUCCCCUUUGCUCCGACCCCACCGUUUCCCCCGCAGACUGCACCAACAACCCGAACCUCCGUCUCCUCACCCCUGACGACUCCUGCAAAUUCGACCCCGUCAACCCCGGCUACGCCGCUUGUCUCGAGAAAACUCGGAAGGACUUGAUCGUCGCCACAGUCGCUUCCUCCCUAAUCGGCUGUGUCAUCAUGGGCUUAUUCGCCAACUUGCCCUUAGCGUUAGCCCCAGGAAUGGGAACCAACGCAUACUUCGCCUACACAGUCGUCGGCUUCCACGGCUCCGGCAACGUAUCUUACCAAAGCGCGUUAGCCGCAGUUUUCAUCGAAGGCCUCAUAUUCUUAUUCAUCUCCGCUGUCGGUUUACGCGCCAGGCUCGCCAAACUUGUCCCCAAGCCCGUGAGGAUCUCAUCCUCCGCUGGGAUAGGCCUUUUUCUGGCUUUCAUCGGACUACAAAACAAUCAAGGGCUUGGACUCGUAGGAUACAGCUCGUCGACGCUGGUGACCCUAGCAGCAUGUCCGCGGUCGUCCCGCGCAUCGGUGGCGCCGGUGAUCACGUCAUCGAAUGGAACGGUGUCGCUUCUCCCAGGUGGGACAGUGUCCGGCGACAUUUUAUGCUUGCAUGGGCGCAUGGAGAGCCCUACAUUUUGGCUUGGAGUUGUGGGUUUCGUUAUCAUCGGUUACUGUUUGGUGAAGAACAUUAAAGGCGCCAUGAUAUACGGCAUCGUUUUCGUAACCGCCGUUUCUUGGUUUCGCAACACCAGAGUAACGGCAUUUCCCGACACGGCUACUGGGAAUUCCGCCUACAAAUACUUCAAGAAAGUCGUCGACGUUCAUAAGAUAGAGAGCACGGCUGGGGCGUUAAGUUUCAAAAGUAUUGGGAAAGGUCAUUUUUGGGAAUCCCUAGUUACUUUUCUGUACGUCGAUAUAUUGGACACGACCGGAACUUUAUAUUCAAUGGCGCGGUUUGCAGGUUUUACAGACAGUAACGGUGAUUUCGAGGGGCAAUAUUUCGCGUUCAUGUCGGACGCCUCGUCUAUAGUUGUGGGGUCCUUGUUAGGUACGUCCCCGGUGACGGCGUUCAUUGAGUCGUCUACCGGGAUAAGGGAGGGGGGACGGACGGGGCUGACGGCGCUAACAGUGGCUGGGUAUUUCCUGUUGUCGUUUUUCUUCACGCCGUUGUUGGCUUCGAUUCCGGCGUGGGCGGUGGGGCCGCCGCUAAUACUGGUGGGAGUGUUGAUGAUGAGGGCUGUAGUGGAGGUGGAGUGGGAUGACAUGCGGCAGGCAAUACCGGCGUUUAUGACGUUGCUACUGAUGCCGUUGACGUAUUCGAUUGCCUACGGUCUGAUUGGUGGGAUCGGUACUUACGUGGUAUUGCAUUUGUGGGACUGGGGUGAGAGUUGUUUGAGGAAAUUUGGGGUGAUUAAGGAGGGACGACGCAGCAGCAGUAAUGGUGGAGCUACGAAUAAUAAUGGAAUCACUCCUCCUCCUCCUGUUGCCGCCCCUGUGGAUGGAAGUAAUAAAAGUACGACUGAUGUUUAACGGGGUGAUUAUACACGUCGUAUGUAGUAGUAUUAGGGAUUUUUUUUUCCCAAAUUUCUUUUGGUUAACGUGAUCAAUUUUCUUUAAAUUUUGGAGGGGACAAAAAAGCAAAAAGGGAGAGAGGACAUUUUAGUUGAUAAGCUCUUAAUUCAUGGUGUACAGUAGUGUUA